UUAAUUAUAACGGCCUAUGCUAGUCUCUGUCGGUAGGACGGGAGUGACACAGGGAUGCCUUACAGAUGGAUUGUAUUCUACUGUUUCUUUUAUUUAAUGAAGAGCACAUAUGGCGGCACCUGUCCCGAAAACUGUGCUUCAAAGACCUGUGAUGACCCUGAUGGAGGUUGUCCUAAAUGUGAGAAGGAAUGGUGGGGACGACAAUGUAAUAACCCCAUGGGAUGUUACUGGGAGGAUGCUCCUAAAAAGUACCGUGGCGAUAUGUCUGUGACGAGCAGUGGGCGUGUUUGUCAGCAGUGGUCUAGUAACUCGCCCCACAAACACAGGUUCGCCAAGUUAGUAGUGGGCUUUAAAAACUACUGUCGUAGCCCGGGAAAUCACCCAGUUCCAUGGUGUUAUACAACUAACCGAAACCUGCGCUGGGAGGCAUGUAACGUGCCUCGAUGUGAAUCCGAAGACCUAUGUCCCGUUCCACCGUUCCCUGUACACAAAGUACUGCCGGAAGGCGUUGAGUUUGCUAAGCCGUUUGUACCGGGUACAUCUAUACGCGUGGUGACUUCCUGUGGAACUCUUCAACGGGAUGCUACAAUCUGGUGCCAGUCUAACAGGACGUGGGCUUCCUCUGGAGGAUGUGGAGAAUUGUCGCCCUACUGCCCGAGGCCGGCCUUGGAGAGGAACAGUUACAUUCAUGAAGACCACAACUAUGCCUAUCAUCAUAAUGAAACUGUGGACAUUCGCUGUCUGGAAGGUUUUGCCAUCCAGGGUCCUGGGAUUCUGGAAUGCCAGGAAGAUGGUACCUGGAAUGACACUUUACCCACGUGCUUUAUGAAUGGUAGUCACCUGUGUCCUCCAAUGUGCGAGGAUGACUUCUCAUGCGAUAAUGAAGACAGAGGGUGUCCGAAGUGUAAACCGACAAGGUGGGGAAGACACUGUGAAUAUCAUGUUGAAUGUAUCAACACUAAACGAGGAUCGGAUUACAGAGGGUUGCAGAACAGAACGGCCAAUGGUCUUGUGUGCCAGGCCUGGGGGAGUCAGGUCCCUCAGAAACACCCGUAUGGCACCAGAGUGGACGAGGGAGCGUCUAACUACUGUCGCAACCCAGACAUGGAACCUAGGCCGUGGUGUUACACUACAAACCGCAGAACACGCUGGCAAGCAUGUCACGUCCCUCACUGUGAGACUGUGUGCCCGUCUCUCACGAUGCCGAUGUACAGUCGUCUGACAGAGAUUACGAACAGACCAUUUAAUGCUGGAUACAAGUUAUUCGUGGAAAUGAGGUGUGAUGGCCGAAAUGUUUCAAUGGUCACCGUAUGUCAGAGUGACUUGACCUGGUCUCACAAUGUGUCCUGUGACGUUGUCCACUGUUUGCGGCCCAAACUCAACAACAACAGCGUCAUCCUUGGAGACGACAGUAGCAGACUGUUUGCUGAGAACGAUACAAUCGAGGUCCGGUGUCCCGAGGGUUUUCUCCAGGAGGGUCGACAGGUGUUCCAGUGCCAAACGGAUCGUUCCUGGAAUGGCAGUAUGCCUACGUGUAAUGGAGGAAUCUGUCCGCCAAUGUGUGCAGCAGGGCAGCCCUGUAGGGAUCCUGACGGAGGGUGUCCACUUUGUAAACCAAGCUGGUGGGGCCGCCAUUGUCAAUACCCAAUGCAGUGUUAUGACGGCCAAGGAGCGGAUUACAGAGGGACGCUACGGAUGACCGUUAGUGGCCGAAAAUGUCAAUCAUGGAUGUCCAAGUCACCACAUAAGCACAAAUUGAAUCUGUCCGACUCGGAAAACUUUUGUCGAAACCCAGAUAAAGAACCGAAGCCUUGGUGCUAUACCGUAGACCCGAACAAGCGAUGGGAAGUAUGUCCAGUUCCAAAAUGCGACAUUGCUGCCCUGUGUCCACCCCCGACUCUUCCCGUGUACUCCAGUGUCGUGUCACCAGUAGAUAGCCCAUUAUAUACGGGUUCUACUAUGCUGGUGAACCUUACGUGUGGAGUCACACACGAACUCGUCAGCAUAGUGUGUCAGCCAAACAGGGAAUGGACGAUGAAUAGACUGUCCUGUGACGUGGUAUUUUGCGCUACGCCUGAACUAAGAGACAACAGUCGAACUAUUGAAGACACAGGAGGUCCUUAUCAACAGAACGACACCAUUGAAGUAGCUUGUGAGGUCGGUUUUGAAACCAGAGGACAGACUAUGUUUCAUUGUCAAGGCAACUCUCGAUGGAAUGGAACCAUGCCAACCUGCGAAGGUGUACGCUGUACAAAACCUAAUCUGACAGCGAACAGUAACAUAGAAGAUGCCGCCGUAUCAUACACAUACACGGAUGUCGUUACUGUUGGGUGUGACGUCGGAUAUGAAAUAGUAGGAGAAACCUACAUGUAUUGCCAAGCCGACGGCACGUGGAAUUCCUCCUUACCGAAUUGUCAGGUGGUGGUCUGUCGGGCGCCAUCUCUGUACGACCACAGCUUUAUAGAGAAUGAAAGUAUUCCCUACGUGUUUGGGGAUGUCAUUGUGGUGAAGUGUGAGGAGGGGUAUCAGCUGUACGGUCAUGACACGUUCCAGUGUAAGGGUGACGGUAAAUGGGACGGAAGUUUCCCUGUGUGCAAAGGUUCCUGUCCUCUACACUGCAGGGCCAACCAGACAUGUAGUGAUCCGGAUGGAGGUUGUCCGGAGUGUGAGCCAGCGUGGUGGGGAAGACAUUGUCAGUACCCUUUGGGAUGUCGUCUAACAGCAAAAGGAUUAGAAUAUAGAGGGGAGAUGAAUUCUACGGUCAAUGGACGUGUCUGUCAAGCAUGGUCCGAUACGACACUCCACUCUCACCGAUACAUGAAGUUCGUGGAUAAAGAGGCCAACAAUUUCUGUAGAAAUCCAGACAAGGAGGUCAGCCCGUGGUGCUAUACCCUAGACCCUUCUGUACGCUGGGAAAUCUGUCCUGUUCCUCUCUGUUCAUCGCUGGAUCAGUGUUCGCCGCCGGUGCUGCCACAGAACAUCACCGUAAUCAACCCACCAAAGAUUGCUUUCUUCACUGGUUCAGUGCUACUAUUGGAGCUCCAGUGCGGGGAAGGGUUCAAUACCGUGGCCACUCCGAGGAUAGCAUGUCAAGACAAUGGCACUUGGAAACAGAGCAUUCCUACAUGUCAAGCUGUGCGUUGCAAGCACCAGCCUCUGCCUGACCACAGCUACAUUACAGGAAUGUUCGUCACUCACUUCCCCUACGUCCUGACGGUUCAUAUCAAGUGUGAAAUUGGAUACGUCAUUGAAGGGCCCUCUCAGUUAACCUGUUCUAAACAGAAGUACUCAUGGAAUUUAGUUAGAACACGAUGUAAAGCUGUUGUGUGUCCCAAACCGGUAGCAAAGGCCUACAGUUACCUAACUCCGAUCAAGAAUGAGUAUCCCUAUGGCAGCCAGAUAUCUGUGAAUUGUAUUCAGCAGUACGGUCGAAUUGGACAAGGAAGAUUUCAAUGUCUUUCUGAUGGCAGAUGGGACGGAGAAAUGCCCGUUUGUAAAGCUCCCACAUGCAGUGUACCGGAUGUACCCGUGACACACGUGGUUAUUGUCCAUUCCCAGACUGACCUGAGUCCGGGAGGAAAUGUGACAGUUGUUUGUCGGGGGUCACAUAAUGGCACGUCCAUCAUGCAGUGUCAACAAAACGGAACAUUUUCGGGAUCGAUUCCCAAGUGUAAAGGCAUAAAAUGCUCUUUGCCAACUCUAACAAACAACAGUUAUAUAGACCACGGGAACGUGUCGUUCUCCUACGGGGAGGUGAUCAAGGUUUUGUGUAAAAAAGAUUUCACUCCAAAAUCGUCUGAUCAGCUCACAUGUCAAUUGGACGGAUCAUGGUCCGGACAGGUUCCCGAAUGUGUACCGGUCGUCUGUAACCCACCAGAUAUGCCACCAGAUAAAUACGUUAUCCUUAACCGCCGUGACGACAUGAACGCUGGAGGUACGCUUCAAGUUAGCUGUAUCAGCGGCAAGGAGUUGAAAGGUCCGGCUACACUCACCUGUUUGGUCAACGGUUCCUGGUCGUACGACAACAGUCAAUGUAAAGCGGUUAGUUGUUCGAGUCCUGAUUUACCUGACCACAGCGUAAUAGUUCGAGGAAAGAAGAACAUUUAUAGAUACAGGGACGCUAUCUUAGUCAUAUGCAGUGAAGGAUAUAGUCCCCUAAAUCCUGUCGCGUUAGCCUGUCAGGAGGACAAGACUUGGAACGGGACAAUGCAUAGAUGUGAUGCCGUUUCAUGUCAAGUGCCGACCCCUCCUGACACACUUCAAUAUAUUAUCCAAAGCUCCGCCGACCUACAAGUUGGAGGAACGCUGUCGGUCGGAUGCAAGUCGGGGUAUAAGACUCUGGGAAAUGAUCAGAUGAUCUGUGAAGCAGACGGCCAUUGGGGAGGUCACCUGCCAGACUGUCAAGCAAUGAUGUGUACACUGCCAAGCCUGUCUACCGACCUGUACGUUGUUGUGGAACAGGGUAAUGGCGUGACCCCCGGAGACGUGAUAUCGGUUUGGUGUAGACCGGGAAUGAGAGUAAUGGGUUCCUCCUAUCUCAAGUGUCAGACGGACGGGACCUGGAACGCGUCUUCUCCAACCUGUCAAUUUAUCAAUUGUUCUCCUCCUUUGGAAAUUGAAUACGAUGUGAUACCGAAGAAGAAUAGCUACAUCUAUAAAGAUACUGUGACGGUACAGUGUAAGGACGGGUUUGAACUUCAGGGCACUAAUACCCUUCAGUGUGGACUUGACGGCACGUGGGGAAGACACCAGUCCUUGUGUUCAGAGGUGAAAUGUUCAAUCCCUUCUUUAAGUAAAUUUCACGUGGUAAAGAUGGACGGCAGUGCCUCGUUGUCAGUGGGAGGGAUGAUAUACGUUGGCUGUAAUAAUGAGACAUCUGCCGGAUUUAUUAACCUAAUGUGCACAAAAGAUAAACGAUGGAAUGCAUCGCUACCAACUUGUGACAAAAUCAAAGGAAAAGCUAUGUUAGCUCCAAUGACGGCAGGAGCAGAUGAAUUAACUGACCUCGAUACAGGUAUCAUAGCGGCUUGUGUAGUAAUAUUUCUCUGUACAGCAAUCGCAGCAGCAACAUAUUUUCUUAUAAGGAAAUUCAGGGAAAAGUCAAGAGGAAAGAGUAAUAUAGCUAUUGAUUAUAAGGAUAUGGAAGAUGAAUUGUGAGGACGUCAGACAUGGUGUAUACCCUAAGUGCUUGGAACAGUUAUGGCUUUGUGUUUAUAAAAUUCUACAAACAGAAACUGUCUCAAAAUGUUAAUACAUAUAUUUGAAUGUAUUUAAAUGAUAAGUGAAACAUCAAUCUGGUGAAUAUUAGGGAAAUAUGUAUGUUAUAUAGAAAUAAUGUAUUGGGCCGGUCCAGUCUAUAUGAACUUACCAUUAUAACUGCUGGAAUAAAUUAAUUGACAAUUCCCGUGUCUCCUUCUUCAAAGGGACACAACCCCGGUUUCCUUAUUAAUCGACAUAUCGCAUGCAUACUUAUUUGGAUAUGUGUGAAUAUAUUUAUCAUAUUCAACCAUGAAACAUGGCAUGUGUUAUUAUGUGAAGAGCGUAUUUACAAUAAACUUUUUUAAUGCUUACAAUUGCAUACUUGUUACCUUAAAAAUAGCUUUGCCUUUUUGCCUUUUUCAUUUGAUUUUUUCUUAUUAUGAGCAAAGUAAAAUAAUUCUUAGUGUCAAAUGAAAAGUUAAACCCUGAGGAUUUGUGCAUCUCAUUAUUGAGUUUUAUUUGUGUGGGGUGUUUUUUUACGAAUAUUUGUUUCGUAUUUUUAAAUGUCUAUCUGAAAAUAGGAGAUCAACAUCAAACACAAAGGAUCGCGAAUUAUACUGAGCCUUGUGUCAGACAUAUGGUAGUGUUUUAUUGCGUUUCUUAUGUAGUGGGAUCUGUCUAAUCCAACUCUAAAAUGUAAACGAAGGAAAAAAAGAAAAUAUGGACGUAGGAAUUACACUAUUUAAGUUAUAGUUUUAAAGUUUUUAUUCGUCUAGGUUUCUACAAAGGCAUUGUCUCUGAGAGUAUCAUUACGGUAUGGGUAUUUUGAUAAGAAAAGUAUGGGUAUUUUUAUAUCAAUAUGUUAAUUAAGAUAUAAUAAAAGUUGUUUGACUUGCUCAUAUAAUGCACUUCGUAUAUUUUUACCUCAGUUAUAUUUGUCGCCAAAAUACCCGGUAUAUCUAAGCUGUUUUUAUUUCUCUUCGUCAAACACCUUAAAAGGACCGAAGUUGAUCUUGACAUUUGUUUGCAGUAUUAUAAGUCUUCAUUGUGAAAUAUAAUACUGCGCUAGAUAUCCAUACUCAUAUAUGUAUUAGUUAAAAGCCAUUUUAUUUUCAAGUGUUUAUUCCAAUAGAUAAAAUGCUAGAAAUAACAUAAUGUCAAUACUGAAGUAAAAACAUUAAACGAAAAUCAAAAACUAUAAAAAAAACAACAGCAGCCGAUGAGAGAUUAAAGCUGGAAAAAAACACCAUUUAACAAGACGUCAAAACAAGGGGAAAGACAGAAGCAGCCGUGAAAUACCAAAACAAAAGGAAGCGUGACAACAGAUACCAUAACCAAAAAGAAAAGCAAUCGAAUCCGAGGAGGUGUUAAACAAAAGGAAGGACAAUAGCGUCGACGGAGAUUAAAAA